AUGGCUCAAUUUAAAAAUUAUAUUCCUAAUGUUCCUAAUGUGGAUGUCAAUAGCUACCUUAAUAUUCGAAGAGAUGUUGAUUCAAAGAUGAAGCAGGCAAUACAAGUAGCGAAUUCGGAAGUGUGUGCAGCUGCAAUAAGGAAGUGGGUAAUUUUGAAUGGCUAUAAUAUGAGGAAUAUUAGGACCAAUAUCAAUCAAGUGGAAAAGAGGUGCGACGGCAGUGGUAAGUGGAAGCUGUAUGGCAGUUGUAAAUGGAAGUUGUAUAGCAGUCUUGAUCGUAAGAGAAACUCCUUUACAAUUAAAACCCCUAACAGUGGGCACAUGUGCAACAGGAAGAUGGAGAAUAGGCAAGCGUUAUAUGGUUGGAUUAGCACUAAAUACUUGCAUAAACUUAGGAGGAACCCUAAUAUGACUGCUGCCCUGUUGAUUGAUGAUGUUAUGGAAAAGUACUGCGUGCAAAUUUCAAUAUCUAAAGCCUACAGAGCCAAGGGACAUGCACUGGAAUUGCUCAGAGGGUCCGUUAUUGAGCACUAUAUUGGGUUAAGAUCUUAUAAGACAGAGUUAAUGAGAGUCGAUCUGGAUGGAAGGUUCGAUUUCGUACUUGGAAAUGAGACUACUUUCAAGGGCUUUUAUAUGGGAUUUAGUGGAUUGAGGAAAGGGUUUUUGAAGGGAUGUAAGCCUAUCAUUGGGUUUGAUGGCUGCUUCUUGAAAACCUUUCUAGGGGGAGCAUUGUUAUCAGCCAUUGCUAAGGACGGAAACAAUCAAAUGUUCCCUAUAUGUUGGGCAGUUGUAGAGUCUGAAAAUGAAGAAUAUUGGAUGUGGUUUCUAAAACAUUUGUUUGAUGACUUGGGUAUUAUAGAUGGAAAUGGGUGGAGUUUCAUUAGCGAUCAACAAAAGGGACUGAUCAAUGCAAUAAGUAAGCUUGCUCCACAUGCGGAACAUAGAAAUUGUGCAUGCAUAUCUAUUGCAACUGGAAGAAGGACUUUAAGGGUCAAGCGUUGA